AUGCUAAAUGCUCAUGUAAAAAAAUGUCACACGCCGAAAACCGUACCAUGUACACAAUGUACUUUUAUGGGGGUUGAUACGAGCGACGUGGAGAGACACAAAAAGCGUCAUCAUCGAGAAGAAAAGUUUACCUGUGAGAUAUGUAGCGAAAUAUUUACCGAAAAAGUUGCUUUCACCUCUCAUACGGCUAUGCACAAUUUUAUGGAGUAUCAUCAGUGUAACGCAUGCGGUGGAACAUUUAACGACGUUUACAGCUUGAAAGAACACAAUCGUUUGUACCAUUAUGAUCCCAGCAGUGUGAUAGCGGAUGACAAUCUUCUGCAAUCGGAUCAUCAAAGUUCAGAACAUAAAUGUGAAAUUUGUGGAAAAAUUUAUAAAUACAAAUCCGUGUUGAAACAGCACAAAGUGAAGGCUCAUGGUGAUUCGUCGAAUUACGAGAGACGUCGUUAUCUUUGCGCUCUUUGUGGCAAGGAAUUAAAAACAGCAAAAGGUCUCGAAAUUCAUAACAGAUCGCACACAGGUGAAAAACCAUACACUUGUGAAAUUUGCGGCAAGUGUUUCGCUUGUGAAACUCUUUUAAGGACUCACAAUGUUACACACACGGGAGAAAGAAAAUAUUCAUGCGAUCAAUGCGGUAAAGCAUUUACACAAAGAUCCACACUUGUCGUUCAUAAAAGAUAUCAUACGGGUGAAAGGCCCUAUGUAUGUUCUCAGUGUGGUAAGGGUUUCGUUACUAGAACGGUUUUGAAUACUCACAUGAAAUCGUGUCGAUAA